CCGUCGAUGCCACGAGAACACGCUGCAGAGCCUCGCUCGGGCAGCGGCGCGGCGCCGGGGGCUCCCGGAUUGGCGGCUGCUGCUGCAGCGCACGCGCGCCGCCAUGUCGGUGGAGCUGCGGCCGCGCCCUCUCCAGCAGCGGCGCCCCCGCCGCGGACGCGCGAGCUCCAUGAGGAGGAGCGCGGGGCGGCCGCCUUCGAGCAGGAGCGGCCCGCCGCGCCGGGGCUCCUGCCUAGCGCUCCCUCGGCCGACGGCCCAGAGGCGCCGGGGCGCCGCUCGGGCGAGCUGGAGCAGAGCGACGGCGGAGGCAGACGGCGCCGGGCUGCGCGCCAGGUGGCGAUUUCCGCCCCUGGUCUGACGGCCCCCCCUUUGCGAGACCUGCAGACCAGGGGGGGAAUUUCUGGCUCCUCCGCGCUCCGCCCAGGGCCAGAUGGGCGCCUGCGCGAGCGGAGGGCCGAGUGGUUCGAGGCGCUGCGGCUCGUAUACGGGCGGGGCCAGGAGAGGUGA